CGAUCUGGGUUGAAAGCGGGCUCGAUCCCAUCCCAGCAACAACUUUGUCAAACUUCGGGGAUACUCUGCGUGGAUCUUGAAGCGUCUCGGUGAUCCUGACAGUCUGAGUUUUCCAGUUUCCUCUGAGGUCCAAACCUGCAGCGCUGCAGCUGCACGCGCACGCCCCGCCCCUGCACCUCUCUGUGCGCUCAGAGUUGAAGCGCAGCUCUGAUGAGAGCGCAGCAGCGAGCGCGCGGCAGCGGCUUCGGCGAGUCUCACAAGUCUGUUUUUGAGAGGAGAAAGGACCGAAGGGAGUUGCUGUGUCUGUGCUCACACGCGUGGAAGCUGUCUAUGCGUGGAGGUGGGGGCUGCGUUUUGCAAGGGGGACUUCUUUCCACGCGCGUGUGUCCGGACAGAAGACGGACGGGGUCGGAGCCGCCGUGGAUGAGCGCGUUUUGAGCCGCUGCUGCUGAAGAGAGGAUCCGGAGCAGUCGGAGGAAAUGAGUCUUCUGCCGUGCGUGACGGUGAUCACCGCCCUGCUGCUGCAGCUUGGACCCGCGCGCGGAGGGGACAAGUUUGAUGAGCCAUGCAACGGCCUGGACUGCAGCAGGGGGUGCCAGUGUCUGCCUCAGAAAGGAGCACGGGGUCAACCAGGGCUUCUUGGUGAAUCUGGUCCCAGUGGUCCAGAGGGACCACAAGGGGGACUGGGCCCUCGAGGGCCAAAGGGAGAGAUGGGUCAUGUUGGACGUAAAGGACCAUCUGGGCCUAAAGGAGAUAAAGGACCAAUGGGAGUACCAGGAUUUCGAGGGAGUAAAGGCAGUGACGGUCAUCCCGGUCAGCCAGGUGAGAGGGGGUUACCUGGGUUCGAUGGAUGUAACGGGACGAGAGGAGAUCCCGGUCUGCCUGGUUAUGGAACAGGAGCUCCUGGAUUCCCAGGACGUCCUGGUCCAGCUGGGCCGAAGGGUCAGAAAGGAGAGCCCACUUACUACACUGUGUCCAGGAGUUUGCCGGGGCCUCCUGGACUGAGAGGUCCAACUGGCUUCCGUGGUCCCGAUGGUCCUCAAGGUUUUCCUGGUCCAAGUGGACCUGAAGGAUUCCCGGGCCUCCCCGGUCCUCCUGGCCCCCCAGGCCCAAUAGAAACCGGCUUUGACGGACAGGGAGCAGGAGAAAAGGGAGAUAAGGGUGACGUGGGUUUGCCCGGUGAGCCCGGCCAGCCUCUCAUCAAUGGGAUUGUGGAGUUUGUGGGUUAUCCCAAAGGAGACAAAGGAGAGCAGGGGGAGCCAGGUCCAAAAGGAUCAAUUGGAUUUCAAGGAUUACCUGGACUGCCUGGAGCCUUUGGUUAUCCAGGUGAAAUUGGAGAGAAAGGCAUCCCUGGAUAUCCUGGAGGAAGAGGUUCUCCAGGUUUUAAUGGACCUCAGGGUGCUCCAGGAUUACCGGGACAGAGAGGAGACACAGGUUACUCCGGCAGGCCAGGUUACGACGGGCCAAAGGGCGACCCAGGAGACCGAGGUCCUCGAGGUCCUCCUAUUUAUGUCAGUAAUAUUGGCAGAACUGCUCAAGGUCCUUCAGGAGAUCCUGGUUACAGCGGUGCUCCUGGCGCUCCCGGAGACCCAGGACCCACAGGUUUCCCAGGACUUCCAGGUGAACCUGGACGUCUUCUGCCUGGUUCAGAAACAUCAGGACUUCCAGGUCUACCCGGACUACCUGGCCCGGAAGGAGAGAAGGGAAACCCAGGUCCACUGGUUAAUGGUCCUGAAGGAUUCCCAGGUCUGCCUGGACCCCCUGGAGGUCCUGGCCCCCCGGGUCCUCCUGGCAGGACCACUGAUCCCUGUGUCAUCUAUCCUGUCAGUCCUGAAGGCUCUCCUGAGGAUGUGACCUCCGGUCUACCCGGAGUACCCGGGCAGCCUGGCCCCAGAGGACCUCCUGGAGACCGAGGUUUCAAAGGCUUCGGAGGUGACCCUGGUGACUGUGACUGUGAGGGAGGGGGCUCCUCAGGGGCAACUGGGUUACCUGGACCUCCUGGACUGAAUGGCAGCCCUGGUGCCACUGGAAGGAAGGGUGAACAGGGUGACACUGGAUCAUCGGGGUUCAGCGGGCCUUCUGGUUCUGAUGGGCGGCCUGGUAGCAGGGGCUUCUUCGGUUUGAAAGGAGAAAAGGGGGAACCAUAUUUAUCACGGGGCUCUUCGAGCAAGGGGGAUCGUGGAGCACCCGGUCCCAGAGGACCCAUAGGUGAAACUGGAAGACCUGGCAGAGAUGGGCUGCCUGGAUUUGCUGGACUUCCUGGAAGUCCUGGCGACCCUGGCUUUGGUACAGUUGGAGAAAAGGGAUUCUUAGGGUUCCCGGGAAUCAAAGGUCGUCCUGGAGCCCCUGGAGAGUCCGGCAUUGGCUACAUUGGACUGCCUGGCUUGCGAGGAGAGCCUGGAGACCCAGGUUUUUCUGGGUUGCCUGGGCCACCAGGUUUACCUGGACCAAGAGGUGAAAGCGCCUGUGGACGGGUUAAUGGCGCCGAAACGGGAACGGGUGAUUUGUUGCCCUGCAAAAUACCUGGACAAGUCGGAGACCCUGGGAUUCCUGGCUUACCUGGACGCCCUGGCCUUAAGGGUCAGCCGGGUCGGCCGGGAGAACCUGGACGUCCAGGACUUGAUGGUUCCAAAGGGGAGAGGGGAGAUCCUGGCUUUGGGAACCAGCCCGGUUCUCCAGGUUUUCCAGGACCUAGAGGGGACCCAGGAAUCCCAGGUGUUCCUGGGCUGCGCAUUGAUGGGACCAGGGGAAGAAAUGGUGUUCCAGGGCUUCCUGGAGCCAAAGGACAGCCUGGAGAGAUUCUUGGAGCCAUACCUGGACUUCCAGGACGAGAUGGUGAACCUGGAAUACGUGGGGACAAGGGCCAGCCCGGCUCUCCAGGAGUUCCUGGAGGUCCUGGUCUGGAUGGAAAGAACGGUAUUCCUGGACUGAGAGGAGAACGUGGAAUUGAUGGUCUGCCGGGUGUUCCUGGUUUUCCUGGACCUCCGGGUGAGGUUAUCGGCCCUACUCUUGGACUGCCUGGACCUCCUGGCAGCAAAGGACAGAUUGGAUCACCGGGCUGCCCAGGUCUUCCUGGGGAGAAAGGAGACACAGGGGAUCCAGGUUUCCCAGGACCUGCAGGAAUGAAAGGAACACCUGGGUUUCCUGGUACUCCUGGAACACCAGGUCCACGGGGACCGCCUGGACCUCCAGGACCUGGAACUGUUGACGGAUUACCUGGAAUUCCUGGAGUAAAAGGGGAAAGAGGUUUUGUUGGACUCACUGGUUUUCCUGGACAGUCUGGACGGCCCGGAACACCAGGAUUUCCAGGAGGGAAAGGUCUGCCGGGGGAGCCUGGAAGAAAUGGAUCACCUGGCAGACUUGGACCUCAAGGCAACAGAGGUGACAGAGGGCUUCCAGGUCUUCCAGGCCCCCCCAGUAUUUACACACCAGUUGUGGCGAAGGGAGAACUGGGAGAUCCUGGAGCCAGAGGGUUUGAUGGUUUUCCUGGACCCAGAGGUGACAAGGGUCUGCCUGGCCUGCCCGGUCGACAAGGUCGCCCUGGUCUUCCUGGUCUACCUGAGCAAAGUAAAGGGCAACCCGGGCAGCCGGGCCUACCUGGACUGCCGGGAUCUCCAGGCUUACCGGGACCAAAGGGAGAAGUUGGAAUCAAUGGGUUCCCUGGCAUGCCAGGACCAAGAGGAGAUGAUGGAAUACCUGGUGCACCCGGAGGUCCUGGAGAACCAGGUCGUCCAGGUGGAAAAGGUCAACCUGGGGAAACCUUUGGUUUUCCUGGCUCACCUGGACAGAAAGGUCAACCGGGAGAUCCAGGCAGCCCAGGACGUCAAGGCUUUGAUGGAGCCCCCGGUGAUAAUGGCUUGUCUGGAAACCCUGGUUUCCCUGGAAUAAAAGGUGGUCCUGGUGAACCAGGACGGCCUGGAUUACCUGGAUCUGUUGGUUUUCCAGGCCCUAAAGGGCUGUCAACAUUCCCUGGAAGAAAAGGAGCAGAUGGGCCCCCAGGACAGCCUGGAUUUCCAGGAGGUCCAGGAGCCAGGGGUGUGCCUGGACCUCCUGGCCUGGAUGGACUCAAUGGCCUCGCUGGAUCCAAAGGCCUUCCUGGAACCCCAGGUAUUACUUUAGGAGGUCGCCCUGGUGCUCCUGGUAUCCCAGGAUUGAAGGGAGAGAGGGGAGAUUCUUAUCCUGGACAACGAGGCUUUGAUGGAGUAAAAGGACAAAAAGGAGAGCCUGGUCUUCCUGGAACUUCAGGAAUUCCUGGUCAACCUGGACUUCCUGGAGAGUCAGCGUUAGCAGGCAUUGCUGGACCUGUGGGGGACCCAGGACUUCCUGGAUUGGAUGGAAACUAUGGUUUUCAAGGUCCACCUGGUCCUCCUGGUCCCCCGGGUUCAGGAACAAUACAAGGAGAAAGAGGUGAACCAGGGCUGCCAGGCUUCCCGGGAUCUCCUGGAAGAAAGGGAGAACCCGGUUUCAAUGGAGGCCCUGGAUACCCAGGUAGCGCCGGUGUCAAAGGAUCUCCUGGUGAAAGUGGUUUUAAUGGACGUCCAGGUCUUAAAGGUGUGCCUGGAGAUCCUGGCUUCUAUGGAAUCAAGGGAUCUAAAGGAACACCAGGCCAAAAAGGACGGAAGGGUCCUCCUGGAGUUGUGCUGCCUUCCCCUAUUGUGGAAUCACAGCCUUCUGGCGACAUGGGUCUUCCUGGUGAAAGGGGACCCUUGGGUUACCGUGGAGACUCUGGUUGGAGUGGCAUUCCAGGGCGUCCUGGUCCAAAAGGACGACCCGGAGCCCCAGGUAACCUUGGAAGGACUGGACCGUCUGGUCUGCCUGGUCCGUUAGGUGAUCCCGGCUCCCCUGGUUUACCUGGAACAAGUGGAAGACAAGGCCCCCCUGGAAACAUUGGCCUCCCUGGCAUUCCUGGCAGCUCCAGCCGCAGUAUCAGCAUUGGCUACACUCUGGUAAAGCACAGCCAGAGCGAGCAGGUCCCCAUGUGUCCUCAGGGCAUGCCUUCAUUGUGGAAUGGGUACAGCUUGCUGUAUGUGGAGGGACAGGAAAAAGCACACAACCAAGACCUGGGUCAGCCUGGCUCGUGCCUCCCCAGGUUCAGCACCAUGCCCUUCCUGUACUGCUCCCCCAAUGAGGUUUGCUUCUUUGCUAGUCGCAAUGACAAAUCCUACUGGCUCUCCACAUCUGCACCCAUUCCCAUGAUGCCCGUGUCUGCGGGGCAGAUCCAGCCUUACAUCAGCAGAUGUUCAGUAUGUGAGGCACCAUCUCAGGCUGUGGCGGUCCACAGUCAGGACAUGACCAUCCCCAUGUGCCCCCCUGGGUGGAGAAGUCUUUGGAUUGGAUAUUCCUUCUUGAUGCACACGGCGGCUGGUGCAGAAGGCGGCGGUCAGUCCCUGAUGUCUCCCGGCUCCUGCUUGGAGGAUUUCCGCGCCACUCCAUUCAUUGAGUGCAAUGGAGCCAAAGGCACAUGCCACUACUUUGCCAACAAAUACAGCUUCUGGCUGACCACCGUGGAUCCCAAGCGGGAGUUUGUGUCUUCACCAAACCAGGAGACCCUGAAGGCGGGCCAGGAGCGCUCCAGAGUCAGUCGCUGUCAGGUCUGCAGCAAACUGCUGUAGGCAUAGCCAUGGGGGGACAUGAUAACACUUUCAGAAAAAAGACAGGUGGAGACGCUGGUGAACGGGAUCUUGUGACUGAAAAAAAUGAGCCCCCCCACAAACAGUGAAUCUAUGAAAGAAGAAGCCAGAGUGAGGAAAGACGUGUUUGCAUCUUCCUCAUUAUAACUGAUUAUGGUGCUAUUCUCCCUCAGCUUUGACUUCAGCUGGCCUCUGUUUUCUUUCCUUCUGUGUGCUCUGUAUGCUUUCCCCACCUGAACUCCACUCCCACUUCAUGUUUAUUAAUUGUCAACUUGGUUUUGAUUGUAUGCUUACAUUGGGAACCUGCUGUCAAUCGUACAUGAAUUUCUGUACACGUGUUAAAUAAGGUUUGUCUUUAAACUAUACAGACAAAGAGUCCAAAGGUGUUUUGGAUGGCUUUAGGUUCACCCUGUUCCUUUAAAGCAGCCAGACAACAUGAGAAUCUAAUUAUCACAAACACAAAAACAUAUUAAUUUCAACCUGUUUUUUGCAAAAAAAAUAAAGUCUCACUCAAAACUGGUAUGAAGUUAUAUCAAUCUCACACAAACCUAGUUUCAACUUCAAUUUAAUCCAACCUCAUCCCAUCUCAAAAACAUGAGAUUAAAACAUAAUUAAAAUCUCACUUAAACCCGACUUGAUCUGAAUUGCAUAAAAUUCAAACGUGUUUGACCUGAAUUUAAUCUAACUCUAGUUUAAGUCAAAUCUGGUUUAUAUCUAGUUAAAUCUAGAUAUAACCUCUGGUUCAAACCAAAAAAACAAAUGCAGUUCAAGCAAGAUAAAUCUGGUUUAAACUUGGAUCAUUUUUAUUCAAUCCUGAGUCGAACCUGGUUUAAACCCAAAUAAAACUAUAUUCAAAUUAAAAUCUGGUUUAAGUUUUUAUUAAAUUUAAUGCAUACUUGGAAAAAAAACUAUUUAAACCUGAAUCAGACCUGAUUCAAACCCAAAACAAAUCAAAUUUAAACCUAAUCAAAUCUGGUUUAAACUUUAAAAUCUUUUAACUCAAAUGCCAGUCAAACCUAGUUUAAACCUGACAAAAACCCGGUUUAAACCAGAAUUUGAUAAAUAAUAUAUCCUAAAUCAAACAAAAUUCUAACUUUAAUUAAAUAUCUCAGUCUUGAGUCAAACCUGGUUGUAAACUGAAUCAAAUCUAACCUAACUCUGCCUCUGAGUCAGACUAAGUACUCAGAGAUCACUUUCUGAAAUGAUGAUGAUGAUGAUGAUGAUGAUGAUGAUGAUGAUGAUGAUGAUGAUGAUGAUGAUGAAAUGUCUGUACGACCAAAUGCCUGUUGGCACAUUUCCCUCCUAACAGAUCCUGUCUACAGUUUAUCCUAGCACAGUUACCUAUUUUCAAGACUGAAAACAGGUCAAUUUUUACCCGGACACAAUACAAGAGCUGAAGAAGAGGAGCUGAAUACCUGUUGUUUUUUUGUUUGUUUUUUGUGUGUGUGCCUAACCAUUCAGAUCUAAUACUUAUCUGAUGUUCCACCUCCCUGAAAUCUAACCAGAAUCAUAUCUCUGUAAGGUCAUGCAGUAAAAACUGAGUUUUCUUGACUCGGACUAACCCCCUGACUGUACUGAUGUUGAGCCUCAGCUGAUUCUGCCCCUCCCCUUUCUGCUUCAUCCACACACUGACUUUAAUACCAACAGCUUCAGUUUGAUCUCUGGGUUUCUCUGCUUCUGUGUUCUCACUGAAGAAACUUUCACUUUUCGCGGUUUCCUGAGCGGAUUUAAAUUCUCAAUAAAGUCAUUUUUCAGUUUGUUUACUCUAAAUAGACCUUUAUGACCUUAUGACCUUUUUUGACCACUGUAUCUGUGCUGCUUCUGAGGUUUCAGCCUUUUUUCCUGCUCAGUUUUUGUUCUUUUGUAAUCUAGAAUGUAAUUAUGUGUCUGAUGUCAUAAUAUCCCGCCUUAUUUACUGCUAUUGGAGGGAAUAGAAUGAAAACUAAGUGUAAACAUGGUAAACAUGAAACUAUAAAGAGAAAAAUGCCUCCAGGAUGUUUUUUUAUAAAAUGUUUGAAAACUAUAUCAAACAUAACAAUUUUCAUUGUCUGUUUAACGCCACACUCAGAAACAAAUGUUUUAUUCAGCAGAAUCCUGAAGAAAGAGAUGCAGUUUUCCUCAAAGAGGAUGUAUAAGAAUUAAAAUACAAUGAAUAGUCUUG